AUGAGCUCGGAAACCUUCGUGUCAACUCGUAGCUUUCUUAUCUCACAAAUUCUUGAAUUGGUCAAGGCCAUAGGGGUCGUCAUCGCUUUGUCCUUCAUCUCGUCCUCCUUCUCCACUUUCAUCAUUCGAGAACGUAAAAGUGGUUUUCUGGCAAUGCAACUUCUAGCCGGACAGAAGAGAGUGAUCUACUGGGCCAUGUCCUACGUAUGGGAUUGUAUCUCUCUCCUCGUCCCUAUCGCAAUAAUUAUCGUCGUCUUCAUCAUCUUCAAUGAAACUGCCUAUAUCGGCAAAGAACACAUUGGCGGAUUCAUCGUUUUAAUGGUCGUAUAUAGUCUUGUUAUCACACCUCUGAUGUACUGCCUCACAUUCGCUUUCAACGUCCCUUCUGUUGCAUUCGUCUCUCUACUCGCAAUCAACAUCCUCAUCGCCACCAUUACGUCUAUCAUCAUUUAUAUGCUUGAAUUGAUCUCCUUUAGUGAUUCCAGUGUUGAGACAGUGGUGAAUGUGUUGGAGAAAAUUUUCCUUAUCUUCCCACAAUUCGCGUUCUCUCGCGGGUUUUACGUUUUGGCUAAAGGGCACAUCAUAAGGGAAUUUGGAUUGGGGGAAAUUAUGGACGGUAAUAACAUCUGGGACUGGAAUGCAUUGACGGAGAAAAUUGUUGCCAUGCUGAUUGAGGCCAUUCUCUUCUAUGCAAUUCUUAUACUGAUAUCCUGCACAAGUGAGGCUGCCGUCUGCGACAAGUGCUUGAAGAAGAGGUGGAAGAGGAUGGAGGUGAAAAUGAAGCAGAAAUCCACUGAUGGAGAUCAAUUUGAAGGGGUCAGUGAAGAUGUCUUGGAGGAGAUCGAAAGGGUAGAAAAUGUAAGUGGCUUGAAAUCUUCCCCUUAUGAAUACGUGCUCUAG